GUUCCCCUCACUAGACCGUGUACCCCUCACACUGCUGACCUGAUGGUGUGUUCAGGCCGUACCGGGGGGUUCAAGGGCCCGACCGGCGGGACUGUGUACGUCCGGCUCCUCACCGACCAUGCCGUCACCGGGUCCUUCACUCUACACUACUACCUCAUCAAGGACCCGGCAUCCAAGCACCAGUCAGAUGGAUCGUCACUCAUGAAAGACAAAAUCAUCGAGGCUGCGAUCGGCGUGGGCCUACUGGCUGGGUUUGUGGUUUGUUACCUGCUAGUCCGCUGGCAGCAUCGGAUGAUCAGGGAGGGUGUCAAUGACGUAGUGGAGUCUGCUUUCACGCCACCGGAACACGUGUACACGUCACCAGAACCUGUGCACGCGUCACUACAGUCAUCAAUGGGUCAAAAUGGAGAACUAGGAUCGGAGGAGGUUGGACCAUCAAACAGGACUGUAGGUUCUGAUGAGAACGAUUCAUCUGAUAUCAAUCGUUAUGACAACGUUACGUUGAGAGAAAUCCCUCCACCGCCAACAUACGAGGAGGUCAUGGGCUCGCCCCCCUCCCACUCCACCGAUGACUCCCCAGGACAUGCGUCAAACGCCGGGGAACUGGGUUCAUCAGGCUCAGGACAACAAAAUAUGGAUAAAGAACGCGUUACAUCGAAAUAA